AUGUUAUUUGACAGCAUUUUUGCUGAAACUCAUAAAGAAUUGGAAUGUUUAAACGAUGAAAUUUCUAAACUUCAGGAUGUUUAUUUAACAAAUGAUGAUAAUUCAGAUGAAGAGUCUGAUAACGAAACUAAUGAAUUUAGUAUGAAUAAAACUAGUGAACCUUCUUCAGCGUCGUUAGUCGUAUAUAUUGAUCAUUUUUUUACUGCUUGUCAAGUUGAAUAUUUUCAUAAGAUAUAUACACUUCAUCCAAUGCAUAUGAUAAUGAAAGAUGAAAAAAUUCAUGAUAAGAGAUCAGAUAAGCGUGAUGAUGAUGCAUUUUUAACGAAACUAAACCAAUUUUGCUGUUGCGUGGAAAGGUGCCUUUUAAAUGUUAAUCACCAAGCAGCACUUGAAAGGUUUCAACAAAUGAAAGCAAUGUUACAGAAUGAAUCGAAAUUGUGUUUUCUCGGAAUCAUUGAUGCUAGUAUGAAUGCAACAGAAUUUAAAAAUGGAACACAAAAAGCAUAUCUAACAACGAAUUAUAAAUUUGAAGGUGUUAAGAUUUGUCAGAAAGCUUGGUUUAUAAUAUAUGACAUUCAAAAAAGAAGAUGGGAGAAUUUACGUUUACAUUAUCAAAGUUUUGGUCUUACACCAAAAGUUCACAGUUUAACUGGGCGUGUUAGCAAUUAUGCUAUUUCUUUUUCAACAGUUUUGAAUGUGCUCAAAUUUAUUAUAAAUUUUACCAAUCAACACGGACUUCCAUCACCUG